AGCCCCUCAUUCUUCUCAUUUUCUACCAUUACAGCAAAGCUCAAGUAAUUUUUACUUCUUCUCUCCUUUGUUGAACCAGAGCUCAAAUACCUAUGGCGACGCAAUCACAAAAUCCUCAUAUUGUAAUUUUACCUUCUCCUGGUAUGGGUCAUUUAAUUCCUCUUGUCGAAUUCUCUAAGAGACUCAUUCUCCAUCACCAAUUUUCUGUUACGCUUGUUCUCCCUACUGAUGGCCCUAUCUCUAAUGCUCAGAAAAUUUUCCUUAAUUCACUUCCUUCUUCCAUGGAUUAUCACCUUCUUCCUCCCGUUAAUUUCGACGAUUUACCUCAAGAUGUUAAAAUCGAAACUCGUAUUUCCCUUACGGUUACUCGUUCACUUCCUUCACUGCGUCAAGUUUUGAAAUCCAUAAUCGAUACGAAGAAAACUGUUGCUAUUGUUGUUGAUCUCUUUGGUACUGAUGCAUUUGAUGUUGCUAUUGAUUUCAAAAUUUCCCCUUAUAUUUUCUACCCUUCUACUGCCAUGGCUUUGUCUCUGUUUCUUUACUUGCCGAAGCUUGAUGAAACGGUGUCGUGUGAGUAUAGGGACUUGCCUGACCCGGUUCAGAUUCCGGGUUGUAUUCCUAUCCACGGAAAGGAUCUUCUCGACCCAGUUCAGGACCGGAAAAAUGAAGCUUACAGAUGGCUUCUUCAUCAUUCGAAGAGGUAUGGAAUGGCAGAGGGGAUAGUAGCGAACAGCUUUAAGGAAUUGGAAGGAGGAGCCAUUAGAGCUCUUCAGGAAGAAGAACCCGGUAAGCCAACCGUUUACCCGGUAGGACCUCUUAUUCAGAUGGAUUCGGGUAGUAAGGUUGACGGGUCGGAGUGUCUGACGUGGCUGGAUGAACAGCCACGUGGCUCCGUGUUAUACAUAUCCUACGGGAGUGGUGGGACCCUCUCUCAUGAGCAGCUCAUUGAACUUGCAUCAGGCUUGGAAAUGAGUGAACAAAGGUUCUUGUGGGUAAUUAGAUGCCCCAAUGACAAAAUAUCCAAUGCUACUUAUUUCAAUGUCCAAGAUUCAACAAACCCUCUUGAUUUCCUACCAAAAGGUUUCUUGGAAAAGACCAAAGGUUUAGGUUUAGUGGUGCCGAAUUGGGCCCCACAAGCCCAAAUUCUCAGCCACUACUCAACGGGUGGGUUCUUGACUCACUGUGGAUGGAAUUCGACUCUGGAGAGUGUGGUCCAUGGGGUACCACUCAUAGCUUGGCCACUCUAUGCAGAACAAAAAAUGAAUGCGGUUAUGCUAAGUGAGGAUAUAAAAGUAGCACUUAGGCCAAAAGUCAAUGAAGAAAAUGGGAUUGUGGGAAGAUUGGAAAUUGCUAAAGUUGUGAAAGGACUAAUGGAAGGUGAAGAAGGAAAAGGAGUGCGCAGUAGAAUGAGAGACCUUAAAGAUGCAGCAGCCAAAGUGCUGAGUGAAGAUGGUUCUUCAACAAAAGCAUUAGCUGAAUUGGCUACUAAAUUGAAGAAAAAGGUGUCAAAUAAUUGAUGUAGCUACCCAUUAUUUUGUUGCAGAAAGACCAGGAAGGACGCAACCAGUUAUCGUGUCCACGAUCGACUAUACAAAACUCUCCUAUGUCUCUAGCUAGUUCCCCUCCUAGUUUGCAAUUGAAAAGUUAGGCAUGUUUUGUCUUAUGACUUUGUAUACAUCUAUGAAAACUACAUAUGAACUUUCAACAUCGUAUUCAAAAUA